ACAAGGGAGCACCCGGAUCAGAGUCGACUGAGCCGCUAAGUUCUCUGAGGCUACAGCUGAAGGACAACUUCCCUGGAACCUGGCAACUUGGCAUCGUAUUUGGAUAGUCUGCUGGGCUUCCUGUACACCUGUGUAUUCUCACUGAGCACCAUGAAAGCGUUUUGGCAAGCACCACAGAUGCUGCAGUUCCAGCUCGUGGUGGUGCAUUUGGCCCUUGUGAUUGCCCUGCUGUGGUGGAACUCCAGCUCUGUGCUCCUUGCACAGGCAGCUCCAGAGCCUCUGGAGCCUUCUGCUGCUCUGGGUGUGGGAAACCAUCCCAUUGCCAGUGAAGAGAAGUCAGCCACCAACCUGGCAGCCAAACUGUUCCUUCUUGAUGACUUGGUGUCUCUGGAGAACGAGGUGACUGAGACCAAGAAGAAAAGGAGCUUCCCAGGAUUUGGCUCCCCCAUUGACAGAAUUUCUUCAUCCUCUGUGGAUGCAAAAGGCAAACAGAGGAAAGUGCUUGAGCUGCCUAAGAGAAGGUUUGGAGUUCCUCUGGACCGGAUUGGAGUGAGCCACCUCGGCAACACCAGGGGUUAGCAGCUGCUGCAGAUGCUUCCAUUCUGAAUGAGUGAUGCUGUAUUGGAAACAUUACAGAGUUUUGGAAGAUGUCUCACAGCAUGUAUUGUCUUUGCCUGAUGAUACAGCACUCAAGGAAUUGACCUCCUGCAAAAUCUGUUUCAAGUUGCAUUUUACAAAUGUUGCAUUUACAAAUAAUAACAUGUUCAGUUCAUCAGGUCAGAAUGCUCUCACAGCAUUCUGUGCACAGUGUCACUGGUAGGAGGGAACAGAGAAUAUGUAUAUAUUUUUAUUGCAUGGCAUUUAUCUGUUAAACUUGCAGAAUUUUAUUAUCCUGGGCAGGACUGAGAUUUUUUGGAUUGAAAAUAAAAUUUUCAGAGAUGCCAACAGCUGCCCAUGAAAAGCAGAGAGUUUGCUUUGCACAUUUCUUUCUGGAGGGGAACUGAUCAGUAGAUGAAGGGAGAAUACAACA